AUGGCCAUGCUACGGUUAAAUAUCGAGAUGCGGUAUAUGGUAGCCGUCAUAAUUUUGGCUGUAUUUACAUAUGCAAGCCUUUGGUGUUCAUAUGUUCUUCGACCAGUCCCUAUUUACCGAGAUGUGAAAAAAUUUUCUAAACAUUCAAACUUCAGCCUCGGAUUCGAUCAUGUUUACGUUAUCAGUUCCUCUGAUCAAACAAAUAGACGUGAUAGAAUGAAAAACAUAGCAAAAAAAAUAGGCUUAGAGUUUGAAUUCUUUCCUGCUAUUUCUCCCGAAGAUACCAAUAUUAUUGACGAAUUCAAUUUUGACGAUGGAUUAGAUCAAUCUCAAAAACUUUCUUAUAUCAAUCAUUAUAAUAUUUUUCAAUUAAUCGAUCAGAGUGAUUAUGAAGAUGCAUUAAUUUUAGAUGAUAAUUUAGAUUUUGAACUUAACAUUACAUCAAUAAUGUUAAAUAUUCACAAAAUUUUACCCGCUGAUUGGGAGAUUUUGCACCUUACUUUUUGUAAUAGCCAAGAGGGUGUACAUAAUAGCCCGGUGUGGGAUGCAAAAAAUGAUUCACCUGAUUAUAAAUUAUUUAAAUCUAAGAAGACAUAUUGUGCAAAUGCAUAUGCUGUUUCAUCUUCUGGUGUCUCAAAGCUAUUAAAAACGCUUAAACCAUCAAAACUUUCAAUUGAAUCUGAGUUAACUAAAUUGAUUCAAUCAAAUGAUCUUAUUUCUUAUACUAUUUUACCACCUCCUAUCAUACCAUGGCGUUCUCCUGGUUCAGGAAAUUAUGGUCUUUACUCUUUGAAGAAAUCGAUCAUAAAUUUACUUAGCGACAAAUCAAAACCUUUAAAUUCUACUCUCGGAUUUGAUAAGAUUUAUGUUAUUAAUGAUUCAGAACGACCAGAUAAACCAAUUCUUAAAUCCAAUUUCGAUGCUGUGAAAAAAUUUAAUCCACAUAAUUCAUUGGCACCAUCUGAUACAGCUCAUUAUCUUAGUCAUUAUAUGGUUUAUCAAUCAAUUGUUGAUCAUGGAUAUGAUAGUGCAUUAAUUUUAGAAGAUGGUAUAGAUUUUGAACUUAAUAUUGUAUCAAUUAUGACUAAUACUCAUCGUAAUUUACCUGCUGAUUGGGAAAUUGUAUAUCUUGGACAUUGUAGUGAAUUAGAAGGUGAUUCUAGUGCAUUUUUAUCUGAUAAUAACGAUGAAUCUUCUGAAUACAAAUUAUUUAAAUCCAAGAAACCAUAUUGUACGCAUGCAUACGCCAUUUCAUAUGUUGGUGCUAUCAAAAUUUUACAAAAACUUGCAAAACCAUCAAACCUAAUCGAUCUUGGAUUGGUUAACAUGAUUGAACAAGAAAUAAUUACUUCAUAUACUAUUAUACCACCGGUUAUCUCACGAUGGCGCAUUUAUGAUCAAUCGGAUAAGUAUCCCGGUCGAAAAACUUUUGAUAUACCAACUUUGAAAGAUUCUACUUUAUAUUCCCUUGGACUCACUUUUGAAUCAAAUUCCACCCUUGGUUUUGGUCACAUUUUCGUUAUUAACCUUUUAAAUCGAGCGGAUAGACGCAAAAAAUUAGAAACUUUGGCGAAUAAAUUUAAUUUAGACCUUGAAUUUAUUCCCGCAGUUUCUAAAGAUUCCGAAGAAGCACAAAUUGAUCCAAAUACCGGAUUGCGUUCAACUCAUAAGGCCUGUUAUCUUAGUCAUUAUAGAACCUACAAAUUAAUUGAAGAACGUGGAUAUGAAAGUGCUUUAAUUUUAGAAGAUGAUAUAGAUAUUGAACUUAAUAUCGCUUCUAUUAUGACCGAUAUACAUCAAAUUGUACCUUCAAAUUGGGAAAUAUUAUAUCUUGGUUUUUGUAGUAAUUGGGAAGGUUGGGGUGAUCCUUUAGAGGACAAGAAUAACAUUUCUCCAUCUUAUAAAUUGUAUAAUUCAAAAAUGCCGUAUUGUACUCACGCCUAUGCUGUUUCGCGUGCUGGUAUCCGUAAGCUAUUAGGAAAACUUACUGAAGAACUAAAAAAUCCAAUUGAUCUUGAAUUGGUUGGCAUGGUUGAAGACAAAUAUCUUAAUGCAUAUACUAUAAUGCCACCGAUUAUUAUACAAUGGCGUUCUCCUAAUAAUCCAUCAGAUAUUUCUCCUGGUCAAAAAGCUUUAGAUUUCUAUUUCUUAAAGAAUUCCGCUUUACAUUAUUUAGGGGUUCUUAAAGAAUCAAAUACUACCUUUGGAUUUAAUUAUAUAUACGCUGUUAACCAUCCAGAUCGACCAGAUCGACUUGAAAAAUUAGAAUCUCUAUCAGCUAGAUUAUUUUUUGAUAAGGAAAUUUGGCAUGCUAUUCUUGACAAUAGUACUAAUCAACUUAACGAACUUAAUCCAAGUAGCGAAUUAAAACCUUCAGAAAAAGCACAUUAUGUUACUCACUAUAACAUUUAUAAAUCAAUUAUUGAUCGUAAUCAGGGUAGUGGAUUAAUUUUAGAAGACGAUAUAGACAUUGAAGUUAAUAUUUCACUGAUUAUGACAGAAGUACAUCAAAGUUUACCUAAUGAUUGGGAACUUUUAUAUCUCGGACAUUGUAAUAAUUUAGAAGGAAAGUCUAGCGAACCUAUAAUAGUGAACGAAAAUGAUAUCUCAUCUUAUAAAUUAUAUCAAUCUGAGAAGCCAUAUUGUACAUAUGCCUAUGCGGUUUCACGUGCUGGAGCUCAUAAAUUAGUAGAAGCUCUUCGUAAUCCGACAAAAUAUCCAAUUGAUCAAGAAAUUGUUAAAUUAAUUCAAGCAAAAAAAAUCAAAUCCUAUAGUUUAAUACCACCGAUUGUCGUACAUUGGCACUUUCCUAAUGAAUCACCAACAGAUAUAUCUCCU